CCCAUUUCGAGCGCGUGCUGUCCACCUUUCCGCAAUCCACGCAGCACUGGGCGUCGUGAUGGCGCUGUGGACGCGAGACAUGGACAGCCCGACGGCGCUCGAAUGGCGACUCGCACGGUGCCCAGCUGGGCAAUCUGGAGCACACGCAGACGCCACGGGCCGCCAUUUGUGAGCGUUCAUCCUCGCCUGGCUUGGCCUGGAUGGAGCCACGCCGAGACCACCCCAUACCACCCCAUCUUGAUGUGCUCCCCGUUGCCAUAUUGCUGCACCGGCUCCUGUUCAUUCUCUCUCUUCACCCCGCUCCUUCUUGCUCUCCACGCUGACCACGCAAUUGACCAGUCGAUCUUUCACCAACUGCCACGCUGCGACCACCUGCUGCUCGCCCGUGCCCGCCGCCUUGCCCCAGACAGCUCCCUGCACCUCCAAUUUCCACUGAGACCCAGCCUCACCACCUCCGGCUGCAUGUUGGGAACGACAGCCUGACUUGUUUGUCCACCGCAAGACACUUCAAUUGCUACCCGCUGCUCUUCCAUCUCAUUCCCACCAGCUGCCCAUCAACUCGCCAUUCACCACCUGCCGUCUCCU